UUUUUUUUUUUUAUCAGGUUAGUAUGAUGGAGAAGAGUGGUAGGAGAUAGGGAUUUUAACACUAGCCCAGGCUUGUAAUCUUCCUGUACAUUAACGGUAAGUGACUAACAUUUGUUAGUCAAGGAAGUUAUGAAAUGAACUAAAAAAUUAAUAAAUAAAUACUCACCAAAAAUGUUUCAGCUAAUUGUCAUUUGAACGAAUGACUUAUUUCUUAUUUGCAGAUGUACCGUCCAGCUCUUGGAAAACAGAUUUUAAUGAACCAACGAAAAACUUCCAUUGAUAAAUAUGAGGAGAGAAGAGGUGCCAUUGCUUUACCUUCAUGCAGAUGAAGGCGGUUGAGCUGAAGUGAAGGCCGUUCACAGGAUGAUGUCAAGGUUUGCACUUAAAUGGUUCAGACACGCUUGUGGAGCAGCAGCGGCUUGGCUUCAGAAAGGUGACUACCCAGUGUGCCUCAGGGUUGGAGACGAUGUUAUUUCCAGGAGCUCUAACGAUUCCUCACCACCUGACUCCUCCAUUCAGCUUGCUCUCUCUUCAUUUCUUGAUUUCCUGUUUGAGCAUUUCAUCCGCCUUACUUCCAUUAGUUUGUUUUUCUUUUGCUUAACUUUUGAAGACAUUGUUUUUUUCAGUUGUAUUUUUCAUUUUGAUUACGUGCAUAUGAAGCGUAAUGUCCUCGUUGCGCGUAAUCACAUAUGAAAGAUUACUUUGGAAAUUGCAUUUGUGGUGAGUGCUAUAUCAGCUUUUCCCACAAUCAAAUCACUCUGAUGAUCAUAUGAUAAAGGCAAGUGUUUGUGUGUGUCGAUCCAUUCCCUAGGAAAUGAUGAUUUCCUUUCCUGUUUGCUCACAUUUACAAACUGAAAAUAUGUAAUGGGAGCUUUUACUUGACUACUUAGCUGGUGUAGAAUUUGACAUGCAUGAAACAGAAAAUGUAAUAAAAUAAAUUGACAUGAAAUAAAAUUAUUUUCCUGAAAGUUGUGAAAUGUCUGUUUUAAAAACAAUAUAGCUUAAUAGGGAAGAGCAAAACAAACAAAAAGUUCAAAGAAUUACUUAUGAAAAGACUUAAUUAAAGAGGUAUGUAAAAAUUAGGAGCACUAGCAAAAGACUGCAAAAUUAAAUAGAAUUCAUUGUAGUAAAAAACAAGGAAAGCAAAUGUCAUCAUGCAUUGAAGUGGCUCAGUGUGAAGAGUAGCACACGGGGCAAAAAUGACUGCACACAGACUAAUGUGGGAUCAGUGCUGAACUUGAGGCAAGAUCAGAAAGGUUUUGCGUUAUGUAGGAAAGAUUGCCUGCGUCACUCUUUGUUUAGUUAUGUUAUGGUUCGGCAGCAAAUGUCAUUUCCCCACCUCUGAGAGUUGCUUCCACUGUUUAUUCACCCAGACCACACUUGGAUGAUCCACCUGUUCUUCCGGCAGGUAGUGAUUUUAGCACUUUAGCUCUACCCACUGCAAAGAAAUCAAUUCUUUUGACUUUGGUUUUCUUUGAGGUUUCACUACAAGUUCUGGACUCAUGCAGCACAAAAAGCGACAAGUGGAUCCAUGCCAUGCCCUCCACAAUAUGAAAGAGUCAUUGAAUCCCCUCCGUAGAGGUGAGCCAAGCAAUCCAAAUAACGAUAGUGCCGAUACCAACACCGUUAUUGGUUUUGGAUCAAGCCUAGCAUGAAUGGAUCGAAUCUUUGUUUCUAUCCUCUUAUCCCUUCGGCAGGAAAUCUAUGCCAUGACUUGUGAUGUACGCAUAAACUCAUUUUAACUCUACGAGGUAACCUGACACGCACCUCCAAAAAUGCAAAAUGCAGUAUGGACAGCACUAUCCCUUCUCGGGGCUUUCCUUCAAUUUGUCAGCCGCAGGUUGCAAGGAAGGAGGCGCGGUAAGAUUUCCCGUCGGCAGAUAAAAUCCCGUCAGCUCUGACGCCUCUCCCUUUAAGAUGCGCAGCAGCGAGUCUCUGGGAAACUGAGGCUGUGCGCUCGUCGGGUCCAAGCAGCGCUUAUUUCUUUGUCACAAUGAUGCCUUCUUUGAUCUGAUUGGACGGUGAAGGUGCUGCUGGUCUAAUAUUCGGAAAAUAUCGGGGAUCAUAGCUGAGGAUCUCUCUGAUUCUGGGCCGCGUCGGUCGUUCUGUGGCCCCGAUGGAGCUGAAAUAUCGCUCAGCUUCAAGGACACACUCUUCAUCAUAUUUUUUGAGCGGCUGAAUGAUUUCUAUUGAAAACACACGCUGUGAUCAAGGCAAGCAAAGAGGAGAAAACAGCUCGAAAAGCAGCUCGUUGUAAUAACCAGUAAAUAUGCGACGCGUGUCGUGGUUUACUGCGAGAAUGUGAUCAGACGGGACUCUGGUUUCUCGCUCUGCUGCCUCCGAAAAAGAGUCGCUCAUGAUGCCCAGGGCUUUGCGGAGACUGGUCCAUUUGAUGCUGUUCUGCCCUUUAUCCAAAGGCCUGCAGAGUCGCCUUCCAGCUAUUAAAGUGAAGUACCUUCUGCUGGCAUGGCUGGGCAUCCUCGUCAUCAGCUGGAUCGUCUACAUGCAGUAUGCCUCCUACUCUGAGCUGUGCCGUGGGCAUGUUUGCCACAUGGUCAUCUGUGAUCAUUAUAGAAGAGGCAUAAUAUCAGGUUCAUCCUGCAAGGCACUAUGUGACCAGAGAACGCUAACUCUGCAGCGCUGCAUGUCCACCUCCUCCACACAUCAGGUAUACAAUGGACUGUGGAAGGAGAAGCCUGUGGUAAUUAAAUGUGGCGUUGAAGAUCCGGUGAAAACUGACGGAGCGCCCGACUCCAUGCUGCGACAGGAGAUGAGCCUGUUUGACAAACCCACACGUGGAACCUCGAUGGAUGAAUUUAAAGAGAUGCUGCACAGUUUCCUUAAGGUUAACCUCGGUGAACAGUCAUCUUUGAGCACCUUGGUGGACAGAGUCAUCACGCUUGCUGAUGUCAACCAAGAUGGCAAAGUGUCACUAGCAGAGGCCAAGUCUAUCUGGGCUCUCCUCCAGAUCAACGAGUUCCUCCUGAUGGUGGCGCUGCAGGAGAAGGAGCACACCCCGAAACUGUUGGGCUUCUGUGGAGAUUUGUAUGUGACGGAGCGUGUAAGCCACAACUCACUCUACAGGCUCGAGGUGCCAAAUUCCCUGCAGUCUAUCGUCCCAGAGGCCUUGAGCUCCAGCCUGAACCACUGGCUCGCGCCAGCUUGGCCCCGCCGAGCUCGCAUCACCAUUGGCCUGCUGGAAUUUGUGGAAGAGGUCUUCCACGGCUCCUACGGGAGCUUCCUAAUAUGUGACGCCAAUCCUUACCACGUUGGCUACAAUUCAAAGUACGACUGCAAGAUGGCCAACCUUCGCAGCGUGGCAUCAGAAGCUGUUGUGCGGGGAUUUUUGAAGGGACGGCGAUGUGAGACGAAUGCAGACUGCACGUAUGGGCGGGACUGCACGGCCACCUGCGAUCGGCUGGUGAAGCAGUGUAACACAGAGGUUGUGCAGCCUAAUCUCGCUAAAGUGUGCGUGCUGCUGCAGGACUAUCUGCUUUUCGGAGCGCCUUCAGACCUUCGUGGGGAUCUGGAAAAACAGCUGCGCACCUGUGUGACACUCAGCGGGUUGGCAAGCCAAAUGGAGGUUCACCACUCACUAGUGCUCAACAACCUGAAGACGUUACUAUGGAAGAAGAUUUCAAACACUCAGUACUCCUGAAAAACGGAUGCUCUACUAUAAAUGAAUUGUUACAUGAAGACAGGUGGUUUUUGGUUAUGACGCUUGCAGUAAAUGUUUUAGAGGGUCGUGUUUAAUCAUGUAUUUUCACUCUACACUGACUGUGAAUAACAGGAAACUGUGAACUACUGAAUAUACAAUGUGAAGCAGGCUUUAUUCCCACUAUAAUCCCUAUCAUGCUUUUGUGUUCCAAUGGGUCUGUUUGCACAUAAUAUUCUCAGGACACUGCCUGUAACGUUGUUUCUAAGAUUCUGGAUGUAAAUAAUCCAUUUUUAAAAUAAAUGAAGCAACAUGUUGGAUUAUU